UCCAUUGCGGAACGCACCCCCUUACUUGAAGCCUUCAGUCUAAUCACAAAGUAUCUCAUUCAUAUUCUAAACUAAUUAAAAGUGUUUUCCCGUUCGUCUCCGGCGAGUUUCAAGGAGACAUCGCAAAAUCGCGAUCGCCUCGUCGAGCGAAGAAAUAUGACAUAGAGACUGUCAAAGUUUGAAGAUUGUAAACUUUAACCUUUGUACUAGUCACUAAGCAGUAUGGACGCUAACCGGGCGCCAACGGAGACUCGCCCGCUGAGUUCAGGGUUAGCUGGUCAAGAAGCACCAGUUUCAACUCAGCCACCACCGUCAGUUCGUCCACUUAAUAGGCAGGACUCUCGGUCAGCCUUUCCACCACAAUCUCCGAGACCGGCGGCACCUCCAUCACAGCCCAGACCGCAGUUUCAACCUGGAGGACCUGUUAGUUCACCUCCACAAUUUGCGCCAAGAACAGGUGCACCAGUAGCAAGAGGUCCAGCCCCAGCUCCAACUGGCCCUCCAGGAGCUCAGCAAGUUCGCCCCGCUCCUCCUACAGUACGACCUUUUGGUCCGCAAUCUAUUGCACCCCAACAAGGUCCUAGACCAAUUCAGUCACCGACAGGACAGCCACUGCAACGUGCUCCUCCUCCGAACAACUUGCAGUUCGGCCCGAGGCAGCCGCCACUUGUCGGUGCAACUACACCUGACGGAGGUAGACCACAGAUUGCUGGACAGCAACCAAACGGUGCCAUAAGAAACGGUGCACCACCUGUCCCCGGAGUCCAGAGGCAACCAUCACAAGGCUCUCUGAAGGGUCUUGACAUAUCUAAUACUUAUCAGACAAAAUCAGCCAACCUGGAUAACCAAAAUAUUUCAAGUGAAAACCCAAAUGUCCCUAAGGCAGAAAACGGCAUUGAAGGGCCUGGGGUGGCUAAAGGUAGAAGCUAUAGCAUUGCAGCAGCCCCCGGAGCCCCGAGCCCCUUGAAAGCAGAAGAUGAUCGACGAAAGUCUGUCAGUGCUAUAGGUGGAAGGAUAGAUGAAUUUAUUAGUCGGAGUCCAGGACUUGGUUUAAUUCAAGAAGGAAAAAUAGACAGCAAAGAAAAUGUACGGGAAUCUAAGGAGAGCAUUCGUUCAGAAGCUUCGAAUGAUGGAGGGAAAGAAGUUCCUGAACGCGCUGAAUCUCGUUUAUCUGGAUCUAAAAUGACAGAAUCUUUUAUUGGUGCAUUACCAACAUCAACACCAAAAAAGAAAGUUGAUGAUGACGAUGAUGUGAUUCUGCAAAAUAACUCAACGAGUUCACGAACUGCGACUGAAACUACAAAACCAAAAGAAGAGUUUUCUGAUCGUUCUCCGUCUUUAACUCGCAGUGAUGACUCUCCUGAACCUAAGCAAAAACCGUCAAUGAGCCCAACUGUCCCAAUAAAAUCUCAAAGCGCUACCCCGGAACCUGCUCGCCCAAAAACUCCUAAAGUUGAACCGAAGUCAGAAACAAAGACAGAUACAAAACCAAUAACCCCGACAAACAAGACUCCUUCAAAGUCUCCUUUACCAGAUGCUAAGCCACCACAACAACCACCGAAGAAACCAAACGAUUUAACUUCACCAAUUGGUUCCGCAGAUGUAAAGAAAACACCUCGUAAAACAGCAUCUGCGCCAAAAUCUCGACCAAAAGAUGGUGACAAUGAUAGUGGCGUCGAUGAAUCUACGCAAGGCAAUGAUGUCAAUGGAUCUCCUGGUUCGCCCAAUAAGAAAAUCCCAAGCAAACUCCCCAUGAAAGAGAAGUCCAGUAACAGUUUGAAAACAAGCCUGUCACGGUCAUCAAGCAAAAGUGCUACUGCUAAAACGCCGGAAAAUCCACCACCGAAUGAGAAAAAAAAGGUACCGAUGAACAAAGUACAAGUUGGCAACGCUCCGUCGCCUAAUAUUAAAGCAGUAAAAUCGAAAAUUGGCUCAUUAGACAAUGCGACGUACAAGCCUGGCGGUGGAAAAGUUAAGAUUGAAAACAGGAAAUUAGAGUUCGGUAACGUAACGCCCAAAAUUGCUGCUAAAAAUGAUGCUUACACUCCAAGUGGUGGAGUCAAAAAGAUUGUAUCCACGAAAUUAGAAUGGAACGCAAAAUCGAAGAUUGGAUCGCUCCAGAACACUGCGUACAAACCAGGUGGCGGCGACAAGAAGAUUGAAACUGUCAAAUUGGAUUUUAAAGAAAAAGCUAAACCAAAAGUUGCUUCGACAGUCAACAUCACUCAUAAGCCUGGCGGUGGUGCUGUUAAGUCUACAGUUGCAAAAGAUGGAACGAGAGCUAUCGAAAAUCAAAAAUUGGAAUUCAAAGCACAAAGUAAAGUGGGCUCCAUGGAUAACGUAAAGCAUAAACCCGGAGGCGGUGACAUCAAAAUUUUCGAUGACAAAGAGUACAUCAAGCAGAUGUCGGGCCAAUCGCCGGUGCCAGACAGUCUCGGCCAUUCUCGACAGGAGAGUCCAGUGCCAGCGGCAUCGCAGCCUCCGAAAUCCGUCGAGAAUUUGAAUCAACAACAAUGUUAAGAGCUUGCACUGAGAAACCUCGACUUCUCAGCGAACCACUCUAAUAUUUAUAAUCAAGAGUCCAAACUUAUCGUAUAACAUUUUUUAUAUUUGUUAAUUUUGUUCGAUAAAUUGAUAUCCGGUUUGAGUGACUUUAUUAAGGUACGUUUGUUUAGACAAAUUGGAUGUUAUUAAAUUUGUCAUAAUCAAUGUCAAUGAUUUCUUGCAUAUCUUUUCGGACAAUAUGUUGAGUGUGUUAUAAGUGUAUCAAUCAUUAAUAUUGUAUUGUUAUACGUAAUUUAUACAUUUGAAUGUUGUAUUUGUAGCGUUUAUAGUUGAAUAAUUUUACAAGUGAAAUUCUUUGUUUACAUCAUCAUUGUCCGAGUGAUGUUAGUAUCAUGAGUGCCAAUUCAUUAUAGUAGGUACCGUAGUGUUAUCCAUUUCGGUGUCUCCAGUAAUAUUGUGUCCAGUAGCCUUUACCUUUAUCUGCGCAAUUGUUUGAGCAAGCAUGGUUUCAUUAGAAAAUGCUUUAAGGAAACUGUGCUCAACAUUGCACUUAGACAUUCUUUUCAUUAGCAGCACUACGUACAUUAUCUCAUGGCGAUGUUUUAGUAUAUUGUAUCGGUAAUCAAGUGAUAUUCAUAUAUUAUGCUAAACUACUAUCUAAAUGUGUAUUAUAUUUAUUUAUACUAUUCCUAGUACUAUUAUAGGCUUUGUUAUCACUGUGUUUUGUUGUUUCCACUACGUAUUCAUAGAUAUAUGCACUGAUAUAUUUCGAUGUUUUUAUAAUUUGGAAUGUAAUGAUAGGAGAUAGGAGUUCUUGGCACAGCAUUCAUCAUAACAUUGUGAUACACUGACGUAGACAGUAUUAGCUUUACAUUGCAUUCGCGUUAUGUACCAGGCAGUUCGUAUUUUAUUGUCGCUGGAGAACUUUUGAUACCAGGCACUGCUGUGGCGAGAACAGGUAUGGGCUCGAGAUUGACUGACCAGAUUAUUAUAUAAUGUUUUUAUAUGUAACUAUGACUAUAAGAGAUGAUUAGGUUUAGAUAGCGUGUAUUAAUGUUUGAAGCUUCAGUCACAAAACUUUCUUGCAUUGUCAGUUAUGAUAAGAUAGAUACUUUGCAUUUUCUGUGCGAUUCAAUCAGUUCUUUGGAAUUUGGCCUCAUAAUUUGAAAGUAAUAUUUGAUCGAAUAAUUUUCACGCAAGCUUUUUAUGGUAAAUUGUCUAGAUAAGUUUUAACUAAACUAAUAGAUACUUAUUGUACAUGUAGACAGCAACUUAACUCGAAGUUUUGAGACGUACGAUGUUUUAUGAAGACCAGAGGACGUAUUGUAUACCUAUUAGGUAAUCAUUUAAUACAGUUUAACACUAUA